AUGUCGUCGUCGUCGUCAGGUCCGGCGAGAGGGAGCAGCGCUAGCGCGGGCGAGAGCCUCCGGAGCUCGUGCAACGACUUCGCCCGGACCCUGGCGCGGCUGCCGGCGACCAUCAUGGAGGGGCUGUCGAGGUCCAUCCCCCGCCGCGCCCCGAGGAGGAGCCACCACCCCUCGGCACUUCCCCACCAUCUCCAGCCACCGCCGCCGCGGCUUCCACCGCUCGUCCCCGAGGAGCUCUUCUUCUUCAGCGUGUUCGAGCAGCAGUACGGCGGCCACCACCCCUUCUUCUACGGGUGCCGCUUCGCCGACGCGAUGCGGGCAGCGCGGAGGGAGGGUAGGCUCGUCUUCGUGUACCUCCACGACCUGGGCCACCCCUACACCGAGCCCUUCUGCCGGAGGACGCUCUGCGCCGACGUCGUGGUGGAGUUCCUCGACGCCAACUUCGUGUCCUGGGGCGCCGUCACCGGCACCGGGGAGGGGCCCGGCAUGGUGGCCUCGCUGCAGCCCGGCAGCUUCCCGUUCUGCGCCGUCGUCGCUCCCGUCUCCGACGAAAGCAUCGCGGUCCUGCAACAGGUAGAGGGGCCAGUCUCACCGUCAGAGCUGGUGGAGAUCUUGCAGCGCACCAUUGACGAGCAGGGCGCGGCUUUCAGACCCUCCAGGCCUGUCGAGCAAGCUGCAGCUGCCAGAUCCUCCAGAUCGGCAGAGGAAGAAGAGAGGAGGUGGAGAUCGGCGCAGCGGCUACGACAAGAACAGGACGCUGCUUACAUGCAGUCCCUCCGGAAGGACCAGGAAAAAGAAAGAUCUCGAAAGAGUCAGCAAGAGGGAGCUGCCAUUGCCAGACCGAGAGCAGGUAACGAGCUUCGCCCAAGACGUGCAGGCCAGGCACCAAGAGAACCUACCACCAAGACGACUCAGAUCAGAGCAUCCCCUCACAAGGAAACUGCACCUGCACACAGAACUGAACCAAACACCAAGAUAAUGAUAAGAUUUCCGAACGGUGAGAGAAGGCAGCAGAGCUUCCAUCACACGGACACCAUCAGAGAGGUCUACAGGUAUGUGGACUCCCAGGGCAUACCAGGAAUUGGAAGCUAUCAGCUCGUGCGAAGCUACCCAAGGAAGACGUACGGUCAGCAGCAGCUGGGGAUGACUCUCGGAGAUGCAGGUUUCUAUCCGAGCGUGACAUUGUACAUUGAGCAGCUCCAGUGA